GUGAUGUUAGAGUUUCAUGCUACAACAACCACACAUAACAGAGCAAGAUGUUUCUACUGAUAUUUUACAUGCUGCAAAUGCUGCUAUUGUCUACAAAAGCACAACAUUCCACCGAAUCAGCCGAGGAGGUGGCUUGUCCUUCGUGCAUGCACAUGACUUUUGAGUUGAGGAAUAUGCCGGCAAUGUACAAGAUUAUGUUACAGAAUAUACUUUCAAACAUGAACCUGCAAAACCCGGAGUGUGAGGAAAACACUGUGGAACCAGAAACAUGUGAGGCGCCAAUGUACCCUGCUUGGAUUGAGAAUAGAUGUCUCUCUACACAUGUGACUCUGCAUGCAGUUGGAAUUACAGGCAUACUUCCAGACGCUGAAAUGGACGUAACAGUGUUGGUUAGGGGAUGUCAUGCACAGUGGAUCGGCGAAGCAAGUGGAUGUACAAAUCUUGCGGACCUAGACGCAGACACACAAGCGCAAAUGACGCAGCAACUUGCUCAAGUGAGAGACGCUUGGGAAACCGUGACAUACACCGGUGAAGUGUGUAUCUUGUAACGUUGAACGCAUAAUGAAGUUUAAAGCGGUUUUAUUAAAAAGAAUCAUUUUUUAUAGAGUCAGGCUGUUUGUAAUUUGGGAAGACUUAGAUCUACUUCACUUGUACAUGACUGUGUUUGUUUAUAUAGACUAAAAUAUCAUCUAAGUUUCUGAAAAAGAACUCAUAUUUGCAAGAAUGGCCGUUUUUUAAUGUAAAACCCCAUACAUUUAAUGAAUAAAUCCGUUUUCUUUGAUUUAUUCGUGAAAUGUAUUGCAUCAGCUGACUUUAUUAUUCCGCUUUCUCACGACGUAUUAAAAAUGUUAAGUAAUGAAAAUGAAGGACUUCUGCUGCUUUCGUGUUAUACUUUUCGUCAUGCAAUUUUAAGAUAAUUCAUUAUAUUUUAUAUUUGUACACGUCUAUAAUAAAUAUCUUGUAACGAGUGACUUUAAUUUC